AUGUAUAAGAAGAAGACCAGAAAAGACUCAGAUGAUUUUUAUGUGUCAGCAGCUAGCGAAAAGAAUGAUGAAGACAAACAUUAUGUGUCAGAUAAUAAAAACAUAUUGAAUCUUUUAACAUCACAUAGUGAACUUAUAAAUAGUAAUGUAGAGAAUUAUUCUUUUAAUGAUAUAUUAAACAAAAAUGAUUUUAUUUAUCAUCAAGAUGUAAACAACAAAAUAGAGAAUACCUAUAAAAAUGUUAAUAAAUAUAAAGAAGAAGAUAAUAAUGUAAUAAUAAAUAGUGACACAAAGGAUAUUCAUAAUAAUUUUUAUGAUGAAGAAAAAGAAAUACAAGUAUUUUUAGAUAUAUCAAAAUUAUUAGAAAGCAAAGAAGAAAAUGAAAACUAUAUUAGUCAAGAUAUAUAUAAUGAUAUUUAUGAUAUGAAUAUAAAUAAAAAUAUAACAAUAUAUCCAAAAAAUUUAUUAAAUGAUAAAAAAAUAAAUGAUAAUAAUGAACAAAAAAUAAAUGAAAAUAAUUAUUAUUAUCAUUAUGAUGAAACACAUUUGUCGUAUGGAUCUAUUCCUUAUGAAAUCAAAGAAAGAAAUGCAUAUAUUCCAUAUGAUUUAAAUAAUAUGUCUUAUGAUUAUUUUUAUAAAGACACAUAUAUCAAUGAACAUGAAAAUGAACAUGAACAUGAACAUACUAAGAUAAAUUCUCUUCAUGAGGAUAUAAAUUUGUUCACUCCCCCUAAAGGCAAACCACCAAAUGGCCAAAACAACAACAUCAAUAAUAAUGAUAAUAAUAAUAAUUAUUAUAAUAAUAAUAUAUUUGUAGAACUCACCAAAACAUUACAUGAUCAAAAUAAUUUGAACCAUAAUAAUUUCGAUCUUACAAUAUACCCUUUUGGAAAUAAAAACGAAACAACAAUAAAUUUAUUUAAAUCAUCAAGUAACAAAAUAAAUAAGGUACAUACUACUAAUAAUAAGAGAAGCGAAUCCAUCUCAAAUAAUAUCAAGAACAAUAUAGAUAGUCCUUCCAUAGACAACAAUAAAAAAAAAAAUUUUUUUUUUUUUGAUGAUGAUAAAGAUAAUGUGUUUUUAGAAAGAAAUAUUUUAGAGAAAAAUAUUUUAGAGAAAAAUAUUUUAGAAAGUGACAAUAAUUUGAUUGAUUAUAAAAAUAAAUAUGAAGAAAAUGUUACUAGGAUAAUAAAAGAUAAACCAGAUCAUUUUUUAAACUAUAAAUAUAAUAUAGAAAGUAAUAAAGAAGAUAUAAAUUGGAAUUUAAAAAAUAACUAUUAUGUAUAUGAGAAUAAUAAAAUUGAAGAAGAACUAUCAACAUGUUUAGAUAAUAACAUAUCUUUAGAUACAUUUAAUUAUCUUUAUAAAAAAUAUAAUGAAGAUACAUGUAAUAUCUAUGAUAAUAAUGAAGAAAAAUCAUUUUUUUUAAAAAAACACAUUCUAAAAGAGACACAAAUGACUAUAAAACAAAAUGAACAAACAAACAAUCUUAUAGAACAAAAUAAUAAUAAUAAUAAUAAUAUUAUGGGUCGACAUAUAAAUUAUAAUAUGGGCUGGGCACAAAACAUGGAACCUUAUAAAGAUAUAUUACAAAGAAAUGAACAGAAUUAUAUAAAUAAUACAGAUAAAAAGAUAGAAAAAAUGAAUGAUAUAAAUAAUAUACAUAUAAAUAAUAAUGCCUCUGUUUUUACUAAUAUGGAUAUACAUAAAAUUUAUUUAGAAAAUUAUAAUAAACAACUAAAAGAUGAUAAAGAAUAUAUGCAAAAAAAUAAUAAUAAUUUAUCUUCUAUAAUAUCUUAUGAACAAAAAGUUUUUAAUCACAAUAAUGAUAUGAUUAAAAUAGAUUCUUCAGAUGUAGCAUAUAAUAAAACACAAGCUUUAUAUGAUAAUCUAAAUAAACAAGAGGAAUUCAUAUCCUCAAAUAUAUGUACAUCUAUUAUUAAUUUUAAUAAUGAUAAUAAAAAAAUAAAAGAACUAGAUAAUAUAGAGCACACAAUAAAUAAUUUAGAAAGUAGUACAAAAAAAAAAAAAAUUAUUAGUAUGAAUAAAGAAAAUGACAUCCUUGAAAUGAAUGAAAUGGAUGAAAUGGAUGAAAUGAAUGAAAUGAAUGAAAUGAAUGAAAUGAAUGAUAAUCAAAAUAAUGAUAAUAAUAAUAAUAAUAAUAGUAAUAAUAAUAAUAAUAAUAGUAAUAAUAAUAAUAAUAAUAAUAGUAAUAAUAAUAACAGUGGUGAUAAUAAUUAUUUUAACAUAUCUGAUGAAGAAAAUGAUUUUUUUCAUUCUUUUAUUUAUUUUAAUAAUUCUAGAACUUGUCAAAAUAAUAAGACAUAUGAUACAAACCAUUGCAUCUACAAUCAUUGUUAUAAUAAUAUAAAUAAUGAUAAUGUGUGUAAAGAAAAUCUUUAUAGUGAUGAAAAAACAAAAGAUCUAAUGUGUGUAUUAAAAAAUAAGGUUUCAAAAAAAAAUAUUUCAGAUGAUGAGAAGAUGAAACAAUUUUUUUUUUUUUAUGAACAUAUGAAUAAUAAAAAUGUAGGAGACAAAUACGAAAAAGAUAAUAAAAAAAAACAUAUUCAUAUGAAUAAGAUACAACAAAAUGUUUAUUAUAAUAAGGAGAAGCAAAAAGAAAAUGGAUCGGCAUAUAAUAAUAAUGUGAUGAAUGACAAAAGAAAUAAAAUGGAUUCUUCAUAUGUAACACCAAAUAUAUUUUUGAGAUAUAAAAAUGGUAAUAUUAAUAGGAAUGAUUAUGUGGAUGGUCCUACGAAUGGUCAUAUGAAUGAUCAUGUGAAUGAUCAUAUGAAUGGUCAUAUGAAUGGUCAUAUGAAUGAUCAUAUGAAUGGUCAUAUGAAUGGUCAUAUGAAUGGUCAUAUGAAUGAUCAUAUGAAUGGUCAUAUGAAUGGCCACAUGAAUGAUGAUAUACCUUUUUAUAACAAUAUACAUGUUAAUAAGAUGCUGCAAAAAUAUUUAGAGCCACAAAAAAAGAGUGCAAAUAUUUUCGAAUCCCUUAAUUCUUUUAUAUACAACUUUAAGAAUAACGAAAAAAUUCACAACAUAAAAAAAAAAAAUAACAACAAUAUAAAUAUUAAUAGUAUUUAUAAUCUGCUUGAUCAGUAUGAUCAUGAGGAUGAGAUGGAGUUAAAUAAAUUGGAUAUUCAUAAAAAGAUAGAUAAUAAUAUAAAUAAAAUAAUUAACGAUACAGAUAAUAUUAAUGAAUUCAAAAAAGAUGAUCAUAAUAAACAUGUUGAUAAUAUAAAAAUAAAUAAUAUGAUACAUGAAAAAGAUAUUUACGAUGAUUUGAAUAAUUAUAAAAAAUAUAAUAAAAAAGAAACCAUGAGAAAAAACGAUGAAAGCAUUAACCUUAUUUCAUCUAAUGAUCAAAAUAAAAAUAACAUCAACCAUAUAAAAAAUAAUAAAUGUUAUUAUUAUAUGAUGGAUCCUUUUGUGUCUACAUAUACAAAAAAUGAUACCAUGAAAAAGGAAAAAAUGAUCCAUCCUCAAAUAAAUAAUAACAUGCAAGAUAACAAAAUAAAUAAUAAUGAAGAACAAAAAAUUGAUCUUAAUAAGGUAGAUGAAGAUAAUAUUAUUUUAACCAUUAUAUGGAAUAUAAAUAAUAUUUCUCUCUUAACGUGUAGUAACAAUAAUUUUGUUGUCUCACCAGAAUUUAAGACACAGACAAAAAUGAAGGAAUUCUUCAUACUAUUUAAUAUGAACAAUAAAAAUAAUGAGGACACCAAAAAAUGUGAUGACACCAAAAAUAAUGAGGACACCAAAAAAUGUGAUGACACCAAAAAAUGUGAGGACACCAAAAAAUGUGAAGACAACAAAAAAAGUGAUGACACCAAAAAAUGUGAUGACACCAAAAAAUGUGAAGACAACAAAAAAUGUGAUGACUCCAAAAAAUGUGAUGACAACAAAAAAUGUGAUGACAACAAAAAAUGUGAUUACACCAAAAAAUAUGAUGACAAUAAAAACAUUUUGGACACCAAAA